UGACUCUGCUAUUUCAUCGCUUUGCAGUUCGCUCCCUUCGGCAACAUAACUGAAAAAGCUUCUUCCCUAUCAGGUCGCUAAUUAAUCUGCCUCAAAACUACCAUCAUCCUCUUCUUCCCAUAAUUUGCUUUACUAUUCGAUUCUUCAACCCCCCAAAAAAAAGCUAAACAAAAGGCUUUCUUUUGUUGUUGUUUCAGUUGAAAUCCCCAAUUCACUCCCCUGGUAAGCAAACCUUGAUUUUCUUUCUUCUUUCGCUUUUCUUGAUUGAAUUAUGAAUUUGAAAGAUGGGUAUUUUUCCUGAUGAAGUUAUCCUUCAAAUUCUUGCGAGAUUGCCUGUAAAGCCCCUUUUCAAAAAUAAAACUGUUUGCAAACUUUGGUAUAGAUUAGUCUCUGACAAGUAUUUCAUAAAACUCUAUAAUGAGGUGUCUGCUAAGAACCCAAUGGUCUUGAUUGAGACUUCGGGUUCACCAGAAUCCAGAUCAAGCUUGGUCUGUGUUGAUAAUUUGAGGGGUGUGUCUGAAGUCUCGUUGGAUUUCUUGAAAGAUAGAGUGAAGGUCAGAGCUUCAUGUAAUGGCUUGCUGUGUUGCUCUAGCAUUCCCGAUAAGGGUGUUUACUACGUUUGUAACCCUAUGACUAGAGACUUUAAGUUGCUUCCUAGGUGUAGGGAGAGGCCUGUUACUCGGUUUUAUCCCGAUGGUGAAGCCACGCUUGUUGGUUUAGCAUGUGAUGUAUCAAAGAACAAGUUUAAUGUUGUGUUAGCAGGGUAUCAUCGUACGUUUGGUCAUAGACCUGAUGGGACUUUCAUAUGUUUGAUAUUUGAUUCGGAUUCGAAUAAGUGGAAGAAGUUUGUUUCACAUCGAGACGAUCAUUUCACUCAUAUGAACAAGAACCAAGUUGUAUUUGUUAACGGUGCCCUUCAUUGGUUGACCGGUAGUUGUUCCUAUAUACUUGCACUUGAUCUUGAUUAUGAUGUUUGGAGGAAGAUUUCUUUGCCUGAUGAAGUGAGUUAUGGGACUGGAAAUCGAGUUUAUUUGUUGGAUUCCGAUGGAUGCUUAUCUUUGAUUCAGAUUUCGGACGCAUGGAUGAAUAUUUGGGUAAUGAAAGACUACGAAAAAGAAGUAUGGUAUAUGGUGGAUAGAGUGAGCCUUAGAUGCAUUAGGGGACUAGUGCCUGGCAUAUUCCCCAUUGCACAAACUGGUGAAUGUAUAUUCUUGGCAACUCACAAGCAGAUCUUAGUAUACCAUCAGAAGAGUCGAGUGUGGAAGGAAAUGUACUCUGUGAAGAACAGUGCUAGCCUCCCAUUGUGGUUCUCGGCAUAUGCAUUUCGGAGCACAAUCUUCCCUUCUGAUUAAGGUGUGGUCAGCAUAUAAUGAACUUUAGUUGUACAUAAAUAACUUGUUUUAGACAUUGUGAGUCAUACAUUUCUGAUUUUAAACUUUGUCUUUUGUCAUCUAGAAUUUAGUAUAUGCAAUUGUUUAUAUAAACUACUUAUUAA